AUGCCGUUCCGCUUCGUCUACUUAUGUGACCUACUCGACAAGCUGGAACGGCCGUUUCUGCGGGAUGCACCACUGCUCCCUCAUCACCUGGAAGAAUACACCCAGAAGGAGGUCAUCUCUUGGUUUCGGAGGCAUCGGGAUCGGUUGAAUGAGUUCUCGACAAAUGGAAAUGCGGUGAUCAUGAUGCUCCAGCCGAAGCGGUGGAGUGAUCGAGACUUCGGCUGGAACGUUGAUAUCUUGGAGCACCUGAUUGCCAGGAACUUAAGCCUUUCAAAGGCGAAGCAUGCUGAAUUGAAAAAGUGGGAGUCUGAGCCUCACAGAGGCGAUUUGGCUGCUUGUGUAGAGCGGGUUAUGGAUGGCAUGGAACGGACUGCCGUGAGAGUCGAUGCAAAUGCGGUAACAGUUGAGGAGAUUGAUCAAUUUUUGCUUCAAACGGCAUCCCAUAACAACGGCUCUUCUCCAGAGAUCCAAGCCCUUGCUCCAGGCUGCCCUAAACAUGACCCAAUAGCCGGCCUAGGAAAUUUAUAUCAGCGACUGCAGGGACGAGAGGCGAAAUGGCUCACCCGCUUACUUCUCAAGACCACCGAGCCUGUGAGCUUCCCGGCAGACUUUGGGAUAAAAUCUAACCAGUCCCAUCUCCCGAAUUGCGUGAGAGUACACGUUGAGUUCCCCAGUUCUGCAGCUGCUAUUUUGCAAUUGGGACAAACUGGUAUAUAUAAAGGAUCUCACCCAAAGGAGCAGGUUCCCACUCAAACGCAAAUCCCACCAAGCAAUUCUCUAGGGGUUAUCCCACGGGCAUCCCGUUCUCGAAUACGGGACUCUCCAGGCUUCCAAUCCAAGAAGCGCCGCGUCUCGAGACCAAGACCUUCAAAAGAGCCAGCUAAGCAGUUAGUAUCCAGCUCGGCGCCACCCAACGCUGCUUCUGUUACCACCACAUCGCCUUUCCCACAACCUCCCCCCAAAAGAUGCUGUCCUUCCCGAGAGUCCUCACCUGGAGCUAUUUUGUUCAAGCGUGGUGUUCUACAGCCGUUGCGUCCCACGGAGAUUUCAAGCAACUCAAGUCAAAGACUAUCUAUAUCUGGCUAUUCUUCAACAGAAAAAGGCACAAAAAUCCUUCGUCGGACAUGCCCCGAAGCUGCAGAGUCUACUAGUUGUCCAUCUUUCAGACUCGGAGCUUUGGCGCCAGCAAGCUCGGCAGAAUCUGCUAAUAAAUUCCAUAAAGCUCCAUCCAGCUCCACGGAAUGUGUACCUAACCGCUCUCUUGUCUCUUCUCGCAUGACACCAAAAAAAGCAACCUCGACAGUUUUUUGUUCUCCAGUGGAAAAUUCAAGGAGGUCUCGACCAAGCUGCGUUGUUAAUCGUGCCUUACAAACCCCGCCCAGGCCUACUCCGGUUUUAAUCUCACCAGGCACCUCUCCCAACUCUCGUCGAAAGGCUCCCUGUAGGAGCACUAUCCUAGAAGAUUGUCCCUCUCGACCUCCAGCUGCUGAGCGAGUGCAUAUUACAAAACCUGCCAAUAAUACUACACCAAACAGGCAAGGAUCGGCCCCUUUACUAUCAUCCAUCGCACCACAUUCGUCAAACUCUACCGUUUUACCGCCACCUACUCGGUUGGUUCUAGACCCUAACAUCACCGCUUCAAAUCCAACAAUUCCCAUGAUCACAGCAGGAACGGGUAAAUGCCAAAUGAACCCAGAUACCUGCCCACUGGGCAACUGCAUUUUCCUCCUCGGGCCCUGCAUCCCAAACGUCCCGCUCCUCCUCGAAAGCCUCCUUCCCCGCCAUGGUGCACGAUAUAUCACCUCCCUCGCAGACUUCUCUCACUCGUCCCUCCCACGCCGGUGUCCUCGCUCUUCCAAAAAGUACAGGAAAAUCAUCCUAGUAGAACCAAAUCACACACAGCCGACCGUUAAUUUUUUAAAGCAGGCAGAGAAGCUGAACCUCAAGAGAUCGAAGGGACGUAAGCAAUGGGUUGAGGUAUACGAUUGGCGGCUGUUGGAAAGUAUUGCGAGGAUUGAUCAGGGGAAGGGAUCGAUCUUACAAGCAAAUUCUUGGAAGAAGUAUUGGAUGUGUGCUGUCUAG